GGGAAACUACCUCAGAACAUUCGAUUUUCUUCACGUCGAGUUGUGAGAUAUAUUGUUGUCGUACAUCUUCGAUUCGGAUUUCUUUUCAAUUGAUUUCAUAUGGCAGCUAUGACUUCACAAAAGGAGGAGGUAGAAAAGGCUCCCAGGCUACCCAUGCCAUCGCGGAACCCUCUGCCAUUAUCCGCAGCACAGGAAGCCCAAGUCCAAGAAGUUUAUCAUACUAGAGUACGAAGUUAUUGUGCGGCAGAAAUUAAGGUAUUCGCGGAAUGUGCCCUUGGAAGAACCUUUACUGCCCCAUUCAAAUGCAGAGAACAAAACCGAGCGAUGAACAAUUGCAUGAUAUCGCAUGCUACACAAUCGGAGAAGGAUGCAGCUAGAGAAGAGUGGUUUUCACUGAGACUACAAAGACAGCGGGACCGUGAAGCAAGGGAGGCGAGGAGGAAGGAACAGGAGAAAUUUCACAGGGAAUGGUGGGGUUUACCAACCGAAGAUAGAGAGGGCGAGAAAGGCAAAGAAUUAAUGAGGAAUGCCGAGAGAGUCGGUGGAUUUCCAAAGAGGGAUGAAGGACAACUGAGCAAAGACCGGCAUAGGUGACAGCGAUUUCCACCUGUAAUAUGGGGUAGCACAGGCGUUGGGGUUCUUUGCAGCAUUUUCGACUAGCGUAUGCAACGCUUGACUGGGAAUUUCAUGUACGACUAUACUGAUAUGACAUCAAAUCGCAUUUCUGGAACGGACGAAGAAUUCAAACUGGA